CUCUGGUUGGAGAGCAGUAGUUCCGCCCCCGGUCGCCAUGUACCGCUCCGCUCGCUCCCUGCAUCGCUUCAGCGCGAGUUUGUCAGAUCUGCGGGCCGCUCAGAGAUCCAUCAAAGCUCGCAACGUCUGUCCAGCACCCGGGCUCCGGCACCAGACCGUCAGAAUGGCCAGUUCAGAGGCAUUUCGGAUUGAGAGGGACACAUUUGGAGAGCUUAAAGUCCCCUCUGAUAAAUACUAUGGAGCUCAGACUGUCAGAUCCACCAUGAACUUCAGGAUCGGAGGAGUCACGGAGAGGAUGCCGAUUCAGGUGAUCAGAGCUUUCGGUAUCCUGAAGAAAGCUGCUGCAGAAGUCAAUAAAGAUUACGGUUUGGACCCAAAGAUCGCAGACGCCAUCAUGAAAGCUGCUGAUGAGGUGGAGUCUGGGAAACUGGAUGAUCAUUUCCCGCUGGUUGUUUGGCAAACAGGAUCCGGAACUCAGACUAACAUGAACGUCAAUGAGGUGAUCAGUAACAGAGCCAUCGAGAUGCUGGGAGGAAAACUGGGCAGCAAAGACCCCGUUCAUCCCAAUGACCACGUCAACAAGAGCCAGAGCUCCAAUGACACGUUCCCCACAGCCAUGCACAUCGCUGCUGCUAAAGAGGUUCACGAGGUGCUCCUGCCGGGCCUUCAGACGCUUCAUGAUGCUCUCGCUGCCAAAGCUGAACAGUUCAAAGACAUCAUAAAGAUCGGCCGCACACACACACAGGACGCCGUGCCGCUCUCGCUCGGACAGGAGUUUGGCGGGUACGUGCAGCAGGUGAAGUACAGUAUUGCGCGCGUGAAAGCGUCUCUGCCGCGUGUGUAUGAGCUGGCAGCAGGAGGAACCGCAGUCGGCACUGGACUCAACACGCGCAUCGGCUUUGCAGAGAAGGUGGCAGAUAAAGUGUCUGCACUUACAGGUCUUCCGUUCGUGACCGCAGCCAAUAAGUUCGAGGCUCUGGCGGCUCAUGAUGCUCUGGUGGAGCUGAGCGGCGCUCUAAACACUGUGGCCGUGAGCAUGAUGAAGAUCGCCAAUGAUAUCCGCUUCCUCGGCUCUGGGCCUCGUUCAGGUCUCGGAGAACUCAACCUGCCAGAAAACGAACCCGGAUCCAGCAUCAUGCCCGGUAAGGUGAACCCGACGCAGUGUGAGGCCAUGACUAUGGUGGCCGCUCAGGUGAUGGGGAAUCAUGUGGCCGUUACUGUCGGGGGAAGCAAUGGACACUUCGAGCUCAAUGUGUUCAAGCCCAUGAUCAUUAAGAACGUGCUGAACUCGGCCAGGCUGCUGGGCGAUGCUUCGGUCUCCUUCACUAAUAACUGCGUGGUCGGCAUCGAGGCGAACACCGAGAGGAUCAACAAGCUGAUGAGCGAGUCUCUGAUGCUGGUCACCGCCCUCAAUCCACAUAUAGGUUAUGAUAAAGCCGCAAAAAUUGCGAAAACCGCUCAUAAAGACGGUUCGACUCUGAAAGAGGCGGCGCUGAAGCUGGGAUUCCUGAACGAGCAGCAGUUUGAGGAGUGGGUUCGACCUCAUGACAUGCUAGGCCCAAAGUAAAGGAGAACAGAGCUGAAACACACGCACACCAGUAAAACACUUGUGGAUCACCGUUCACAGACGGGGUUUGUGCUGGAGGUAUUAUUCUUCAGAGUCCGUGUGUUCCCUGUGAAUGCAUGACUGUGUUUCUUUUUCAUCCCAAAAUCUGAGGAAUAAAAUAACCGGGGGAGAAAA